CACCCUGGUGCUGGGGAAGGAGGCUCAGAGGGGGGGAGGAAGACAGGAGGAGGGGGAAAAGAACCCCUGGCUGGAGUAGGCCAUUAGGGAAGGGGGAACUAUCAUGGAGCCCACUUCUGUCCAGGAUGAUAUCCAGAAGAAAAAGCAACAGAAAGAAAAGGCGAAGAAAGCAGCACUGGAAGCUCCCCCCAGGCCUCUCCGGUCCCUGUUCUGCCUCACCCUCCAGAACCCAGUGCGCAAGGCCUGCAUUGCUAUUGUGGAAUGGAAGCCCUUUGAGACCAUCAUCCUGUUGACCAUCUUUGCCAAUUGUGUGGCACUAGCUAUCUACCUGCCUAUGCCCGAAGAUGAUUCCAAUAAAGUCAACUCCAGACUGGAGAAACUAGAAUACUUCUUUCUGAUCGUGUUUGCCAUUGAGGCAGCGCUAAAGAUCAUAGCCUAUGGAUUUCUAUUCCAUGCAGAUGCUUACCUACGAAAUGGCUGGAAUGUGCUGGAUUUUACCAUAGUCUUUUUAGGAGUUUUCACGGUGAUCCUGGAGAGAAUCAGCGUAAUGGAGAGUGCCCUUCUCAGUGGGCAGGGUGGUUUUGAUGUCAAAGCUCUGAGAGCCUUUCGUGUGCUACGGCCUCUACGCCUGGUGUCGGGAAUACCGAGCCUGCAAGUGGUACUGAACUCUAUUAUGAAAUGCAUGUUGCCCCUGCUCCACAUUGCUGUGCUUGUCGUCUUCAUGCUGAUUAUCUAUGCCAUUGUAGGGCAGGAGCUCUUUAAGGGCAAAAUGCACAAGACCUGCUACUUCAUUGGGACAGAUAUCAUUGCCACAGUAGAAAAUGAAAAACCAUCUCCGUGUACCAACUCGGGCCAUGGGCGCCAUUGCACCAUCAAUGGCUCUGAAUGCAGAGGCUGGUGGCCAGGUCCCAAUGAUGGCAUCACUCAUUUUGACAACUUUGGGUUUUCUAUGCUGACUGUCUUCCAGUGUAUCUCCAUGGAGGGUUGGACUCAGGUCCUCUACUGGGUAAAUGAUGCCAUUGGGAAUGAGUGGCCCUGGAUCUUCUUUGUCAGCCUCAUCUUACUUGGGUCAUUUUUUAUCCUCAACCUGAUCUUGGGUGUGCUCAGUGGGGAGUUCACCAAAGAGCGUGAGAAAGCCAAAUCACGAGGUACAUUCCAGAAACUGAGGGAGAAACAGCAAUUAGAGGAAGACAUGAAAGGUUACAUGGAUUGGAUCAUUCAUGCAGAAGUCAUGGACAGUGACCGGACCCGUGGUGAAGGGAUGAUGCCAUUGGAUGAAGGCGGCUCAGAGACGGAGAGCCUGUAUGAAAUUGAGGGCAUGAAUAAAUGGAUCCUCUUCUUCCGGCAUUGGCGGCGAUGGAACCGUCUUUUUCGCCGGAAAUGCCGUGAAGUCGUUAAGUCCAAGUUUUUCUAUUGGUUUGUGAUCAUGAUUGUCUCCUUGAAUACACUCUCAAUAGCAACUGAGCAUCACAAUCAGUCUGACUGGCUGACCAAGGUACAAGAUAUUGCCAACCGGGUGCUGCUAGCCCUCUUCACAGUUGAGAUGAUUCUGAAGAUGUAUGCCUUGGGUCUGCACCAGUACUUCAUGUCCAUCUUCAACCGCUUUGAUUGCCUGGUGGUUUGUACUGGAAUUCUGGAACUUAUACUGGUGGAAAUUGUUUCCAUGAGUCCCUUGGGCAUCUCAGUUUUGAGGUGCAUUCGCCUGUUGAGGAUCUUCAAGAUAACCAAAUAUUGGACCUCUCUGAACAACUUGGUGGCAUCUUUGCUGAAUUCAGUGCGCUCCAUUGCUUCCCUGCUUACUCUCCUCUUCCUGUUCAUUGUCAUCUUUGCCCUUUUAGGGAUGCAGCUUUUUGGAGGCAAGUUUGACUUCGAUGAUGCAAUAAUACGGCGUAGUACCUUUGAUAACUUUCCUCAGGCACUCAUCAGUGUCUUCCAGGUCUUGACUGGGGAAGACUGGACAUCUGUAAUGUAUAAUGGAAUCUUGUCCUAUGGAGGACCAUCAUACCCUGGUAUUCUGGUCUGCAUUUAUUUCAUCAUUCUCUUUGUCUGUGGGAACUAUAUUUUGCUCAAUGUCUUCUUGGCCAUUGCUGUGGAUAACCUUGCUGAAGCUGAAACGUUGACUUCUGCUCAGAAAGCUAAAGCUGAAGAAAAAAAGAGAAAGAAAAUGGCCAGAAGUUACCCUGAGAAAUCAGAUGAGGAAAAACAGUUGCUGGCUAAGAAGCUGGAACUGAAAGCCAAGGGGGAAGGAAUCCCUACUACAGCUAAGUUGAAAGUAGAUGAGUUUGAGUCCAAUGUCAAUGAGAUCAAGGAUCCUUAUCCUUCUGCUGACUUCCCAGGUGAUGAUGAAGAAGAUGAGCCUGAAAUCCCACUGAGUCCUCGGCCACGUCCUCUAGCAGAGCUGCAGUUGAAGGAGAAAGCAGUGCCCAUGCCAGAAGCCAGUGCAUUCUUCAUCUUUAGCCCAACCAAUAAGAUCCGUGUAUUGUGUCACCGAAUUGUCAAUGCCACCUGGUUCACCAACUUCAUCCUCCUCUUUAUCCUGCUGAGCAGCAUCUCACUGGCAGCUGAAGAUCCCAUCCGAGCCGAUUCCUUCAGGAAUAAGAUCCUAGGAUAUUUUGACAUUGGCUUCACUUCUGUGUUUACAGUGGAAAUAGUUCUAAAGAUGACCACUUAUGGUGCCUUCCUUCAUAAGGGUUCCUUCUGCCGCAACUACUUCAACAUCCUAGACUUGCUUGUGGUAGCUGUCUCCCUCAUCUCCAUGGGAUUUGAAUCCAGUACCAUCUCAGUGGUGAAAAUCCUAAGGGUUCUCAGAGUACUGAGACCACUGAGAGCCAUCAACAGAGCAAAGGGCCUGAAGCAUGUCGUCCAGUGUGUUUUUGUGGCCAUCAAGACAAUUGGCAACAUUGUAUUAGUUUCUGCCUUACUGCAGUUCAUGUUUGCCUGCAUUGGGGUCCAGCUCUUCAAGGGGAAAUUCUACAGCUGCACUGAUCCACUGAAGAUAACUGAACAGGAGUGCAGAGGACAUUUCAUCUCAUAUGUCGAUGCAGAUCCAACACAGAUUGUUCUUGGUGAGCGGAUAUGGCAGCAUAAUGAUUUCCACUUUGACAACGUCUUUUCGGCCAUGAUGUCUCUUUUCACCGUAUCCACCUUUGAGGGAUGGCCCAAACUGCUGUACAAAGCCAUUGAUACCAGCAGCGAGAACAUGGGCCCUGUAUAUAACCAUCACAUGGGAACUGCCAUCUAUUUCAUCGUCUAUCUCAUCCUCAUAGCCUUUUUCAUGAUGAACAUCUUUGUAGGCUUUGUCAUUGUAACUUUCCAGGAGCAAGGGGAAACAGAGUACAAAGACUGUGAACUUGACAAGAACCAGCGUCAGUGUGUCCAGUAUGCCCUGAAAGCACGCCCUUUGAAAUGUUACAUUCCUAAGAACCCCUACCAGUAUCAGAUAUGGUACAUCGUGACCUCCUCCUACUUUGAAUAUCUCAUGUUCUUCCUGAUCACAUUGAACACCAUCUGCUUAGGCAUGCAGCAUUACAAUCAGUCAGAAACAAUGAACCAGGUGUCAGAUGUUCUCAACGUGGUCUUCACCAUCCUCUUUACUGUGGAGAUGAUUCUUAAACUUAUAGCCUUCAAGGCAAAGGGCUACUUUGGGGACCCUUGGAAUGUCUUUGAUUUCCUCAUUGUUAUUGGCAGCAUCAUUGAUGUCAUCCUUAGUCAGAUUGAUACGGUUCUUGCUUCCAGAGGUGGAUUGUACUGCCUAAGCGGUGGCUGUAAUGGCAUUCCUCCUACCACAGGUAACGAGGAGAACGGGCGGAUCUCAAUCACCUUCUUUCGGCUGUUCCGUGUCCUGCGACUGGUAAAAUUGCUAAGCCGAGGAGAAGGCAUUAGAAACCUACUCUGGACCUUCAUUAAGUCUUUCCAGGCCCUGCCGCAUGUUGCCCUGUUGAUUGUGAUGUUGUUUUUCAUCUAUGCUGUGAUUGGGAUGCAGAUGUUUGGAAAAGUUGCUCUAGUGGAUGGAACCCAAAUCAAUCGGAAUACCAAUUUUCAGACCUUCCCACAAGCGGUGUUGCUACUGUUCAGGUAUGUAUCAUAUAAGCCCUUUUCUGUGUUAGGUUUUGAUAGUACCACUGCCAAAGUUCUUGGAACAGCUCUAAUCUCUGGGGGACUCAGCUGCCUUGUCAAAGACAGUUCAUUUCUGAAAUUGGUGCGAGAUGAGAUGGCUGCUGCCCUCCAGAUGGAGUUGACAGAAGUGGAGGAUGUUGCAGCAAUGUUGUUGAAGACAAAAGAAAGUUUGGCUGGCUCUUUGGAGGCUACUUUGGAUACCAGACUGUGAGAUGUUUCCCCUUAGUCUCCCCCACCCCCGAUGAGCUGCUAUAUAAGGUUGCCUGUUUUCAGGUGGUUACUAGGAAAAAACUGCACUGCCUACACAGACAGGCUUCUCUGAAACAUGACAGGGACACAGAAGAGAUAGCAGAGGGCAAAAUUAUUUUCCUUGGUUGUCCAAAGAAGAGAAAUUAGAAAUGGGUCUUCCAGGCUGUUUCACACAGGUGGAGAUAGUACUACUCAGCAAAUCUCUCUACUUUCAUGAGCUAAAUAGGAUAAAUUUUCCUAAAGAGGUAUCCAUGUUCCCUUCUAGCUCAUUUAUUUUCUCUAGCACCAUGGCAAAUAUCUCAAAAAAGUGCUUGUAAUAAAAGUGUUUUUAACUUUUAAUAAACUGGAAGAACCAAGAAA